AUCCUUCAAAAACCAGCUUCUGUUAAUUUAGAUAUUUUAAGCGUAUUAUGCGCGUUUUUUGAUGCUGAUUAUGAGAACGAAAAAUAUAUUAAACCAUCGGCGUUUAAAACCGAAAUGUUAUUAUCACUUGAAGAGAGAAUUGUAAAAUUGAGCAAAACCGUUUACAGGCCCAAACCUAUUUGUGAAUUGCAAUUGAACACGUUCACAGUUGUCCCGCACGUUAUUAUUUUCCAAAACUUCACCCCUGGAAUAAGUUAUUGUGCAACGUUAUCAUUUUUAAACAAUUGCGAAAUCUCGAAACCGCUGAAAAAUAUUAGCGAACCUUCAGGGUACUUUACAGUGACUGUUUCUUCGAGCAUGUACACAACUAAAGUUGCCCCCGGUAUGAGUCAACAUUACACUGUAAAGUUUUGUGCUGAAGAAAUGCACGACUAUUAUUAUCAAUUAACUUUUAUUACCGAAGCCGAAAGUAUUAAAAUACCAGUAAUAGAGAAAUUAGAAAAUUAA